AUGGGCCUCUACGACGCGCCUGACAAGUACGACCACGACCCUCAGCUCGACGCUUCUCGCUCCGCCAUGUCCUCCCUCCUGGGUGCUCCGUACCGUCCUCGCGAAGGUACCGGCAAGGGCUUGAAGCUCGAGGAGUCGUGGCAGCCCCCUGAGGAGAGCGACGACGAGGAUCAGGAAGAUGCCGACGGCGAGGAACAGGAUUAA